AUGGUAGUUGUAAAAUGGUGCGGCUGUUCACGAUGUCUUGUGGGCAUUGAGGUACCGGUAACGGUGGCCAGGAGGCGACUCAGCAAUCUGCUCGCGGAGCACAGAACCAGAGAGCGGGUGGUGACGAGCGCUGUUGUUGCGCUGAGUGGCGCCACUCCGCACUGCACCGGCAUCAACACUAUCAUAUGCCAACUGUUGAGUGCGCACCACGACACAGUACGAGAGUAG